CGUUCGCGUUAUUCGAUCUAGAAAUGAAACGUUCGCGAGUAACAGAGAGGGUGUAGUAUUUAAAUACAAUAAGUUCCAAUAUAGCCAGGAUUUCUUCUCAAUUGUUAAUGAAUAUUUCAAAAUGAAUAGAACGAGCAUACUAUCUCAUUUGAGCUUUGAAGUUUAAUGAACUGCAUGUUUUCACGUACAUUAAAUAUUUAUCGAAAAGUAUUAUACUUUACAUGACGGAGUUGGGUUUUGUUGUGUUUAUUGUGGAAUAUAUAAUUUUCAGUUAUUAAGUAGAUCUUGAUGUGUCUUGAAUGUUCUUAUACUGUCAGAAAAUUAUACUAAAGAUAACUUAUAAACGUUCAAUUUAUUGUGGAAUAGUUACUGUUAUUCUGGACAUAGGAGUUUUAAAAAAACCGGAGAGAAAUUUCAAAUUAGUUGCAGCCCUUGGAUGGAGAGGAAGAGCAGUGUAAAGAAAAAAUGAACGGAGGUGGCAAGCAUUACGUGCUCGCAAAUGGCGAAACUGUCGUCACAUACGAGCCAAGUGGAAAAUCUCGGCGGUCUUAUUGUUGUGGACGGACGUAUCUAGAAGUGGUGUUACUUUUUGUAAGCUUUAUAUGUUCAGGAAUAGCUGUUGCCCUCGUUAUCGUGUUGGCGACACGACCUGGAAAUGAAACAAUACGGACAAUAACUAUAACAGAAACGGGUAUAGGAUAUAGUAGUUCUCACAAUGACAAAUCUUCAGAAAAUCUUUUAGCAGAACAAUCGGAUGGUCGAUAUAUAGAUGACUCUCAUAAGUUGUGCCUUACCGAGGACUGCGUUAAAGCUGCCGCUCGUUUAUUGGAAUCAAUGGAUAAUGCGGUAGAUCCAUGUGAAGAUUUCUUUGAAUAUGCGUGUGGAUCAUGGAAUAAAUUCAACGAAAUACCAGAAGAUGGAACAAGCUACGACACGUUUUCAAAGCUUAGAGACAUAAUAGAUAUACAGCUAAAAGAUUUACUUGAACAUCCAGAAUCAGACGACGACAGUGAAAGUACAAUAAAAGCGAAACGGUUAUAUAGUUCUUGUGUAAAUGAAACUUUAAUAGAUGAUAGAGAUCUGGCACCAGCUUUUGUCGUACUGGAAGAUCUUGGUGGUUGGCCGGUUGCUGAUAAAGAAUGGGACAAAAACAAGUUUGAUCUAAUAGACUUAUUAGCCAAACUUAGAUUGUAUAAUAACAAAAUUCUUAUAGACCAAUGGGUCGGCCCAGAUGAUAAGAAUUCGGAUGAUUACAUAAUUCAGCUCGACCAGACAGACCUAGGAAUGUCGUCCAGAGAUUAUUACAUGAAAGGUUUUGAAGAUCCACGUUUGUUAGCUUAUGAAGAAUUUGCUGUUAAUGUUGCUAUUCUGUUUGGAGCAUCUAACGCUGUAGCUAAAAAGGACAUGCGUGACGUCAUCAAUUUUGAAAUCAAACUCGCGAAUCUAACUACUCCGCAGGAGCACCGAAGGGAUAGUGAAGCGCUUUAUAACAAAAUGACCCUGAAAGAUUUACAAAAUCAGAUUCCAAAGUUUGACUGGAUCAAGUAUCUACACGAGAUAUUUAUACGAGUGAACGUUACAGUAAACGACACUGAUACAGUCGUGGUGUAUGCCCCUGAGUAUCUCAAAAAAAUGAUUGAUCUUGUUGAUGAAACAGAGGAACGAACACUUACCAAUUACAUCAUAUGGCGAUUCAUGAUGAACCGAGUUCCAAACCUUCCCGGAAAAUAUCGUGAAUUAAGAACGGAGUAUUACAAGGCAAUAUUCGGGUCCAAACAAGAGCGUGUGAGAUGGAGGGAUUGUGUAAGCUAUGUUAAUGACAAUUUGGGCAAUGCUGUGGGUAGGCUUUUUGUGAGCAAACAUUUUGAUGAGGAUGCCAAGAAAAAC